CAAAAAGCUUCAAUGCAUUUUCAUCUUAUCGUACGAAAAUAUAAUAUCUCACAUACAUAUGAUGCUGCCUCAGAAUACAGAAAACCACCAGAAGCCACGUUUAGAUGUCAUUCUAUAGUGCGCAGUGUGUCCAAAAAUUGUACACAACAGCCUGCACUCGUCGCAAUUCUCACCCGCGUAAUGUUGCUAGUAAAUGAGACUGUUAAAUUUUUCCCUAUUUUGUGGUAAAAAUUUAUAAUGUUAAAAGGAAAACAAUAAGUGUACAGUUCAUCACAUUAAAUGUUAACUUGUAUGGUAAAUAAUAAAAACAGUGGGACCGGUUUUCUAGUGAUUGCUAAGAGUCAGCAAGAAAAUGAACUCUAAAAAAUUUAAGACAAGGACAAAAAAAUAAUAGAUAUAAUAAGACGGUUAUUAUAAAACUUAUCAACUAACAAACUAAAGAAAUACAUAUUUACAAUAAUAAUUUUAUAUAUUCCAUAUAAUUAUAUUAUAUUAUUAUUAUAAAUAUGUAUUUCAAUCGCGUGCAUAGUUAUUAUUAUCUCGUCUUAUUUCUCUAAUUUUUAUGUUUCUUAAAAUUCAAGUAUAAAUAAGGCCAUUUAAUUGGUUUAAUAUCUUUUAAGAAUGUGUUUUGAAGAUAAAAAUAUUUUAUUUAAUCCUCUUGCUCAAACAAACAAGCAAACAAGUAGGUACACAAACAAACAAAAGACCAAACAAGCACACAAAAACAAACAAAUUACCACAAUUUUAUUUCAACUUAAUUGCCGGAACCUAUGCCUACCUAUUUAGUUGAUUAAUAUUUUACAUAAAUAAUAAAUCCUUGAAUUGAAAUUAAAAGUAGGGAAAAUCAAAGCAAUUACAUUGGCAACACUUACAAAAUGAAGUCAUCGGUUUCUAUGACAACUAAAUUCACGUAAAAAUUAUUCAUUAUUUUAACAUAAGAAUAUUUAUUUGUGCUACUUAUACGUGAAAUGUGAUCCUAUUCAGUUUCUUUUUUUUACCAACGGCAUUUUUACACGAAGGAAUAGCACAAGACGGCUUAAUUUAAUUAAAUUUGUCACCUGUAUAGCACGUCAAACAACACGACAAACACAGAACUGCCGCGGCGGAGAUGCUGCUCGAGUGUCUGCUGCUGGCGCUGGCGGCGCUGCUGCUGCUGGUGCGGCUGCGGCCGGAGAGUCAGCUGGCGCUGCACCGCCGGCUCGCGGUCAGCUUCCCCUGCGCGCCGCUGCUGGGGCACGCCUACAAGUUCAUCGGCACUCACGAAGGUGAACUCAUUGCGAGUGUCUGCUGCUGGCGCUGGCGGCGCUGCUGCUGCUGGUGCGGCUGCGGCCGGAGAGUCAGCUGGCGCUGCACCGCCGGCUCGCGGUCAGCUUCCCCUGCGCGCCGCUGCUGGGGCACGCCUACAAGUUCAUCGGCACUCACGAAGGUGAACUCAUUGCGAGUGUCUGCUGCUAGCGCUGGCGGCGCUGCUGCUGCUGGUGCGGCUGCGGCCGGAGAGUCAGCUGGCGCUGCACCGCCGGCUCGCGGUCAGCUUCCCCUGCGCGCCGCUGCUGGGGCACGCCUACAAGUUCAUCGGCACUCACGAAGGUGAACUCAUUGCGAGUGUCUGCUGCUGGCGCUGGCGGCGCUGCUGCUGCUGGUGCGGCUGCGGCCGGAGAGUCAGCUGGUGCUGCACCGCCGGCUCGCGGUCAGCUUCCCCUGCGCGCCGCUGCUGGGG